AUGCAGAUUUUUAACGCUGGUUUAAGAACGUGGACGAAGAGAGGUCAAGAACAAGAAGAAGCGAAACAACAGUUCAUAGAGGCAUUGAAAGUAUUAGAAACAGAGCUUGGAGAAAAGGUUUACUUCGGAGGAAACGACACCAUUUCAAUGGUCGACUUGGUCCUCAUCUCCUAUUACCCUUGGUUCCACUCGUGGGAAACCAUAGGUGGUUUUAGCCUCGAGGAUCACACUCCCAAGCUAAUGGGUUGGGCCCGUAGAUGUUUAACCCGACCCGCUAUCUCCAAAUCUCUACCCGACCCGCUAAAGAUCCUUGAUCGAGUCACUCAGAUCAUAAAGAUCCAUGAGUUCUUCUAUGGUUAUUGA